AUGGCGACAUCACCGAGCAGUAGUGUUUUGAACAAGAAUCAGGAGGAUUUCUUGACGUGUAGUCUUUGCCUUGAUUAUUACACGAAUGCUAAGACGUUACCCUGCCUGCAUUUUUACUGUGAAAAAUGUUUGCUGACAUUGGUGGAGAAACGAGGCGAGUUGGUUUGCCCACAGUGUCGCUCUGUUGUGCCACUCACGGGGUCAUCUACAGAAGUUGUGGCAGACCUGAGUACAAACUGUUUUAUUAACGAAGUUGUCAAGGUUUUCAAAACUUCUUAUCCAGACGAGUGUGAGGCAAAGAUUUCCCCCGCACCGUGUGUAUGUGAAGAAAACUCGUGCGUCAACCGAUGUCUCGAUUGCUCAAUGAACUUAUGUCACACAUGUAGUAAAUCUCACGCGAAGGUUCGGUUUACUGAAGGUCAUCGGUUGAUUUCGGUAUCAGGGUACAGAAAAGACGCUGGCGGACAAAGCAAGCCGCUCAAUCAGGGUAUCUACUGCAACAAAGAAGGUCACAAAGAACGGUGUGUGCAGACGUACUGUUCUACUUGUAGGUUUGUUCCUGUAUGCGAUGAUUGUGCAACUAGUUCCCAUACAGGACAUAAGUUGGUAUGUCGUGAAGACUUUGCCAAAUCGUUCAUUGACAAAUUGCGACAACCAUUGGAAAUCCUCGAAGAAAAACGCGACGAGUCGAAUCAGUCUGUUCAGUCGCUAACUGAGGAACUGCUGACUAUUACCGAGCUGUAUGAAGCUGAAUCGGCUAAGGUCAAGAGGCAAGCGGAAGUAAUGAUUGCAAAGAUACGGGAAAAUGAAGGCAAACUGUUAGAGAUGUUGAAAAAGCAACACGACCAAGCCACAAAGCGCCUUGAAUGUGAACUUGAUCGAUAUGAGAUUUCCGAAAAGAAUAUCGCAGCCACGUGUAAUUUUGUCGAUAUGCUAAUGAAAUUUGGAGAAGCAGACGAGAUUAUUUUAGAAUGUCCAAAAUUGUUGAGUCGAGUUGAUGAAUUGAUUGACUGUGAUACAAAACACAGUCGAAAAGACGUAUUUCCCGCAAAAUUUCAACCAAGUAAAGAAAAUUAUAAUUUCAACAAUGUAGGUACUAUUAAAAGAGUUGUCAGUUGUGAACGAAGUGAAAUUCCAAAGAUGGUAUUAGUUAACGAAAGCUUCACUGUUACCAUAACAACAAAAGACUGUGAAAGUGUGAUGGAAAUCUUGUAG